GUUGAGUCCCUAAAAUAUUUGGGAAUCACAUAUAAUGGAAAACUCAAAUGGAGUCCACACAUAGAGAGUGUAGCAGGUAAGGCACAACGUGCUUUAGGUAUUCUGCGCAGAAUGAGUAACCGGAAAUAUGGACUACGUAGGGAUUCAUUGUUGAUGAUUUAUAAAAUGUGUGUUCGCCCCAUAUUGGAAUUUGGGUGUGUCUGGUUCUCAGGCGGCUCUGCUUAUAAAAUAAAGCCUCUGGGUCUUUUGGAGCGUGAGGCCCUGCGCCUGUGUCUGGGACUCCCCAGGUUUGUGGCUAUUAAUGUUAUCUACCAAGAAGCGUGCCUUCCAACAUUGCCCUGCAGAUUUCGCAUCUUAACAGUUCAAGCAUUCCUGAAAUUUUACAGCUUGCCGCUUAGACGAUCUGAAUACGCAUUCAUUAAUGAUCCAAAUUCCUUCUUCCUUGCUCAUUGGCCUCGAUUUCACACUCCACAGAUCAUAUUUGUUCAAAAACAAUUAGAUAGCCCGAAUGUGAACAUUCGAGAGGUAAUUCCGUCAACCGAAUCACAUCAGAAUAUUGAGAUAGAUUUUGAUGACAUUUUCCCCCCAAACUCCAAGUUUCAAUCAGCCACGUUUUUAUAUAACCUGUUGCAAGAUUACCUAGCACACGUGCAAACAAAUAACAUCAUAGCUACAGACGCUUCAGUGAACAACGAAAAGGCGGGCGUAGGCAUCUUCUCGCUUCCGCUUGGCUGGUCAUUCUCCCUGAGACUGCCAGACUUCACACCUGUUUUUGAAGCCGACCUUCUAGCAAUUCUAUUAGCGCUUCGGAAACUACCGUCGAACUCAAUAAGUGCGGUUAUUAUAACAGAUUCCCUUUCGGUCUGUACUUCGCUUACGGCUUCACCCAAUUCCCCACCAAUAAAGACGUUUCUAACAUUAGUUCCUCCGCAGUUGAAUUCUCUAAAACUAUUAUGGGUACCUGGACAUUGUGGCUUACAUUUAAAUGAAAUGGCAGACGCAUUAGCGCGAGCAUCCCUGAGUGGCCCUAUAAUGUUGGUUCUUCCAUUGGUGGCUCACAUAACAGCAAUCAGAUAUAGAAAAUAUUCAAUUCAUAGAGAUGUCAGUGACCCAAUAACAACAUGGACAGAAUAUCAGCAUCUCAAAUUUCCGUGGAAAAUCCAGUAGUGUCCAUCAAGACAAUCAGAAGUAGCAGUCACGAGAUUACGCUGCUGUGUCCCUCCAUUAAACCUAUAUUUACACAGGGCUGGUCUGACGCUAUCACCUCUGUGUCCAUAUUGUCAAGAAACAGAAUCACUAGAUCAUUUUUUUUUGGUAUGUCGACGAUACAAAUUGUUAAGAAAAAGACAUCUAGUACUUGCGUUCGCAAAAUUAGGGUUAAUGUUAUCACCAGAAAUCAUACUAUCUUUCGGUGCGUCACUUAUAGGGGUCAGCCACAGGGACGUAUUUGAUGCCGUUUGCAGUUACAUACAGUCAACAAAACGAAUAACUUUUUAACUUUUGUCUUGUAUUUUAUUUGUUUUUGCAUGUUUUCUUAUCUCUCUUUCGUCAUAUCUUUUUUUAAUCAUCGAAUAAGUGGCACUUCAAAAAGAAUAGGUGAACGUUUCAGCACGCAAUUCUUGGCCAAUCCCCCAGUGUGGGUAUGAGCCAUAACAUGAGGUCAUCAUCAUCAUCAUCAUUACCUGUCGCUACGAAGGAAAGAAGUAGAAGAAGGAGCUCCCCUGUCAGCUGGCCGUCCUCGGAGUUCGAUCUAGCAUUCGGUGCUCCGCCCCGGUGUGCCCAAGCUGGAACAUGCCUGGUGGUUUAGCUGAGUUUUGGCGGUGUUGCAGCAUCGCAGUCGCGCUGGUGCCCUCGAACGGUGGAUUCAUCCGGCUGAACUACCCACAAGCUGUUCAGGGCGAGCUCCAAGCCAUGACGCAUCAUUUGCAGAUGAUAAGCGAUGUCCGGCGAUUUGGAAGAGGUGGGAAAGCUUGUAGGUCAUCAGAUUCGACCAGUGUUGAAGACCUCCUAAAGUGCGAGACUUUCGCAUCUGUCCCGAUUUCGGAUCAAGGAAGAGUUUCAACACGUACACUACCGGCCUGCUACCCCUGCUGCGGUCACCGCACCGAGGUUCUGCACAGCAGGAGCUUACUCCACGUUACGGAAAAAUCAACUGCACGGCUAUCGUGAUAAAGGCUGAGGCCACGGUGUUCGGUGACUUGGGACUGGAUAGACGUUGCCCUCACGAGCAACGACUUGCAGCCGUCACUACAUCUAGUGCUCUAGCCAAGGGGCCGUCACGAGCCAUUCACUCCCUACGUGCUACACUCCAUACUACCGCAGCUACUUUCACCAGCUAGAAUAUGUAGGAAUUAGAAAGCUAAAGAAAUAUAAAUGUUACAAGGUAUACACAUUGCGCAAGUCCUAAGGGCGUACGGAAAGGCUUGCUGCUUUGCCACUAUAGUUCUCAAGCAGUUGCGCAGUUACAGUCCACCGUAGUGCGGUGCACAUCAUAACAGUUUUAACGUAUUUUCUGAAAAAUCGAUGAAGUGGAAAGUUCGUAUCUGGAAUAUAUUUAAACAUGCACAUUUAUCUCUUGCCGAUUACCGCUUUUUUUUUCUGUUCUUUCUACGAAACAAACAUUUCGCCGUCACGUUAUAGCUAACAAAUUCCAGAACUGUUGCACUUUCGAAGAAUGUUAUCUGCUGUGGGCGAAAUUUCUUGAAAAAAUAUUUUGAAUUUCAGUGACACAUUAUGCAGCACCACUGCAUUCCGCUGCGUGGCGUCAGAGACACAUAUAUAGGGCGUUUAUGAAAACAAUAGCGCUACAAACAAAAUCUUUUAAAUAGAACAUAAUGAAAUCAACCAAGGUGAGUUUCUAGUGGUCAUACAGAUUGUCUUCGGGAAUGCCGUGAUGUUUUGUCAGGUGGUGGAUAUCUGCGCCAAAGUACAUCCACAGCAUGUCAAUCCGUUGACAUGCGAUGACACAGAAAUUUGUUGCUCCGUAGUUGCAUUCGCCUAGUGUGUGAACUGUAUUGAAUCAAGGCUUAUUUCUUAACUUACAUUGUACGUUCAACAAUGACUGACUUGAUAUUUAUGCUAUGAACUGGACUUGUGUAUUGUAUCGUAAAUAGUGUUUUCUGCCAACUUGUGCCUUUUUCUUUAUGCAGACUAAUAACGCCACACGCAAGACGCCGACAUCCGUUGGAACUCCCACGAUGUCAUCAUCAGUAGUGGUACCCAUAUCAACGUCACCAAGUUCCCCUAUACCCUCAAACCCGACCACGACAACCACAGCUGCGCUGUUCAAGACCAAACCAUUGGUGCUGUGCCAGCUGGUGUCUCCGAGCUACUUCAGGACAGUGACCCUGCGUAACGCGGUCGAGGGACAAGACGUGCCGAGUUCCACGCUGUGUGACUACAUACUUCUGGACUUGCCACUAGCAGCUAACGGCAGCUUCGCAUUCGACUCAUACAGAUUCCUCGCCCGUGCACGCGAAAGGCACCGCCUCCUGUUCCACGUCGACAUCGAGCUAAACGGCCUUGGAACGGGAGUUGUCUUGGUAACCUCUACCCAGUUCGUGGAGAGCGUGCAAAAUUUACAGAACUCGCUGUACUCGAGCAAGCUCCACGGGUUGGGCGUGCUCAAAGGCCUUCCAACCGCGCUCAGCACGUUGGGACACCAAAACGCAGAAGCUUACCUGAAGGCGGUCUACAGCGAAUUUUCCGGGAUAUUGCGGGACACUGGUGUGGACCAGGGCAAAAUAAAGAACUUCCUUGCUUUCAGUCCAGGCCUCGUCCCGCCGGUUACAUUUAGGGAGCAGCUUGAGCUGCUGAACCGCAUCACGCACCUGAACGUUGUAAUUAUCGUGACCAUAACGAAUGAAAGGGUACUCCAAGUUUACCCAUCUUCUGCUUGGGACAACCGCUGCCUCCCUCAGAGCAACGAAUCAACAAUGACUGAUGCUGUGAGUGCCAUAUCAAGUGUCCUGCACCCGAGGGUCCAAUUCGCCCUGGCACUCAGCUUCCGUCUCGACAUUUUCGCUGGUGUCUCUCUCGCAAAGGUGAAAGGAGACUCCCUGCAGCAAAUUCCAUGCCGAUUCCACAAGGCCGGCUGGUUUUCCGAUCAUUGCGAAAGCCAGCUGUUCGGACGGGUGACCACCGGUGCCUCGAUAUACUACAUCGGUGGGUCUGGCUGCGCUUUCGCCGAGGGCAACGAUACAAGCGAUACAGUGAUAUCCUUCGAAACGCCUCGCACAAUAAGGCACAAGAUGGUGGAGACAUACCGCAAGAUAGGCUACGAUCUCACCGAUAAAUACGUGAUCAACUGGGUAUUAUACAACAUGACGUACGGCCUGGCUCCAGACGUCUGCAACGGCGCACACAAUCGAAUCUUAGAGAUCCGCAAUGUAAUCGACGAGAACAAGUGAUACCUGCAUCAAUAUUUGACCAACUCAGCUACUCACUUGCAUAAGAUCCAGUUCUCCACUACAUAUCGGAAAUCAUGCGAAAUAUCGCGCCUUCACUCUCUAGGAAUAAAGAUUUUUAUCUUGUA